AUGCCUCGGAUUCCGCGACACGCAUUCAACAUCCGCACUGCUCUGUCCGGACCUGUCACCAGCCCUGCUCGCGAAAAAGAGCUGAGGCUCGUCCAGAAAAUCGACAUCUGCCCUGAAAUCCAGUCCCUCCUCGAGACGCCUACGUGGUCUGUGUCUCAGCUCCUACCUCCGUCAUCACGGCGGUCUACAAAGAGAGACUUGGCGGCAAGGGCAGACAACUCCUCAUCCGAAGCAUCACCACUACAGUCGAGAGAUGAGGUUGCACCCGGAGCGAGAGAGAUAACGCGCCAGAAAUUGCACCACCUCCUCCGCCUCUCCGCCCUCCCUCCCCCCAAAUCCCAAGCCGAAGAAGCCCAGAUGCUCCGGGACUUGCGUGACCAAGUCCACUUUGUCAAGGAAAUCCAGAAAGUCGACACCACAGGCGUUGAACCGCUGGUGGCCAUCCGCGACGAAACCUCAGAACACAGACAAGAACACACCGUCACCCAGGCCACGCUGGCCGAGUUUCUUGCGCUCGAGGAGAAGAAGGGCAGGAACGGCACGAUCAGGAGAAGGAGAGAUACCUAUCAGGUGACAAGCUUCACGGCUGACAGCCAGCCAUGGGAAGAAGAUCCGUUGCCCUGGAGUAAGGUGGAGGAUCCCUGGGCCCUCGGUGCGGACGGAGAAUCUCGGAGAAUGGGGAGAUUCUUCUUCGUCAAGCGACAGCCGCCCGCGCCAGAGCGUGACGGGAUGGAGAAAGAGGAAGGCGAGAAUAUAAAGUCGAAGGGUGUGGAUUGA